AUGAUCCCCGUGCCACCAGUACUGGAUUCAGUGAAAAGGCCAGUAGACUCAAUCAUCAAUGAUGACCACUCAACCACAAACAACAUAACUACCAGUUCAGAAGAAACUACCUCUACAAAGAAUGAAUCUCAGCAAGACUCAGAAUCAAAGUCACCGCAACCUCUAGCUCCUAAAACACAGCAAGCAAGAGACCUCAAUGAACAGUCAAUUGAUCAGGAAGUACGACGGGAUCCUCCACCUUUCCUGUCUAAUCUGAGAAUAAAGGAUGAUAGCAAACAAUUCAAGAGGUUCUUGGAUGUUCUCCAACAAUUACAUAUAAACAUUCCCUUAGUAGAAGCGUUGGAACAAAUGCCAAGCUAUGUGAAAUUCCUCAAGGACAUACUCACCAACAAGAGGAAGAUCGAGGAGAAUGAAAUGGCCGCAUUAACAUAUGAGUGUACUGCGCUAUUUCAGAACAACAUCCCCACUAAAAUGAAAGAUCCAAGGAGUUUCACAUUGCCAUGCUCAAUAGGGGGAAAAGAAGUCAGAAAUGCGCUGUGUGACUUAGAGGCGAGUAUAAACUUGAUGUCCUUGUCAAUCGUCAAGAAGUUAAACAUCGGCAACGCAAGACCUACCACAGUCACGUUGCAGUUGGCUGAUAGACCAAUAACGCUUCCAGAGGGAAAAAUAGAAGAUGUACUUGUGCAAGUGGAUAAAUUCAUCUUCCCUGCUGACUUUAUCAUAUUGGAUUAUGAAGCUGACAUUGAGGUGCCAAUCAUCUUGGGUUGCCUGUUUCUCGCAAUAGGGCGAGCGCUGAUCGACGUACAGAAAAGAGAACUGACAAUAAGAGUCAACGAUCAGCAAGUCAAGUUCAACGUUCUCAAUGCGUUGAAAUACCUAGGUGAUAUGGAAAACUGUCAGUAUGUUGAAGAACUGCAGGAAGAACAUUGGCACGAGGCUUGA